GUGUCAUCUUGCAUCCCUCGGAACAGUUGCUUGGUGAAACCUCAGCUGUUCCGGCGAGACGGUGGCAGGGAGGAGUCCUGGGACUAGCUUUCCCCUUAUCUUGCAGAGCCAAGUGGGGAACUAGCAGAGAGCUCAGCUGUGUACUUGCAAAUGCUCCUGCACCACUUGCCCUCUUACUAUAAUCUUCCCUUGUGCCAGAGGCCAGCAAUCUGCAAAGAGCUGAAGAUGAUCUGCUGGAUCCUCUUCCUUUCCCUGCUGGGCUCUCUGCCCCUUGUGACGCCCACCUGCCCCUCGUCCUGCCAGUGCAGCGCCAACAUCGUCAACUGCAUGUCGGUAGAGCUGACCAAAAGCAGCCUCCCCGCAUCCUUCAGCCCCUCAACUCAGACCCUCUUCCUCAACAACAACCUGCUAACCAGCAUCCCCAGCGGGCUCCUGGACAACCUGCAGAGCCUCCAAGUGGCCUACCUGUGGGGGAACCCCUGGGAAUGCGACUGCGACAUCCUCUACCUGCGCUCGUGGCUCCAGUGGCAGCCGAAUCGGACCCUGUAUAGGAACGUGGUGUGUGCUUCCCCGGAACACCUGCGGGGCAGGAUCAUCGCGUACCUGUCGGAGGAUGAGCUCAUCUCUACCUGCCAGUACUGGUACUGCAGCAUCGCGCUCAUCUCCCAGAUCUGCCUCUUCCUCUUCAUCCUCCUCCAGGCUGUCCUGCUCCUCUUCAUCAUCUUGUUCCUGCAUAGAUUCCAGAGGAUCGCCAAUGUAGCCAGGCAGACCACCAAGGAGAUACACCAGCACGUAGAUACAUGGGCUCCCCUUUCAGAGAAUGCCCAUGACAUUGAUUAAUGUCACCAGGGCUUUCAGUCCUCAUGCUUCAGGGCAUAAGCUGAUCAGCGGGGCCAGGAAGAACAUCCUUCCUCCUGGGAUUGUAGCGUUGCGUGGGCCAUUUGGUGCAUUAUGCUGAGAACCAGCCUUUCUCUGAAGCAUAAGGAAUAGGCCACUGUCUAAAGCAGGACAUAGGCUGGGCCUAUUGCUCUGUUGCAGUGCAGCUAAUCCUGGGGUGUUAUAAUUCUGCACUCUUCCAAAGGGAUAGAAACAGGAUUGGGACAAACUGUUCUUUUAUCAGACCUGUGCAAACUUGGUUGCUUUGCUGAAGUGAAAACUGUUACUGGUCUGGUCUCAUUAGAGAUUUAGUGAUGCUCUGUGCAGAAUCACGUGCUCCAAGAACCAUAAGGAACUAACUUAUAGCUGGCAAGAGCCAGGGCAGUCUGAGCUAAUGCUGCUGCUAUGUAAUUCAUGCUCAUUUGGUCCCCAGGGCUCCAUACACUAAAAGACUGGGGGCUGAGCUUAGAAAGUCCCUGAUUCUGCUGGUUUGUUACAAUGUGGGCAGAAUCCAGCAGGCUGGCCCCAGGGUUAAGUAACUGGAGUAGGACACAGGAGAGAUGGAUUCGAUUUCCCAGCUCUGCCUCGGAUUGACUUGCCCAGGGUGACAGGAAAUCAGUCUCACUGUGCCACAGUAAAAUUGGGAUAAUGUUCCUCCCUGCUGGCCACGCUUUGCCUUCUCUGUUUAGGGUGGGGCUGUUCAAAAGCCCACAGUGUUGCCUCAAUUCUGUUCCCCGCUAAAUGAAGGCGGGAGCCCAGUUAGGCCAAUCCUGAGUGCUUCUGAAAGCCUCACCUCUUUAUCUUCCUAUGUGUCUGUAUGCUGCCCAGCAGGAUGGGGGCCUCUAGGGGCUAGUGAGAUAGCAAGAAAUACAUAAUGCAGCUUUAGCUAUUUAUAACAGUCCUUUCAUUUCUGUAACAAAACCGUAUUAAAAAAAUGAUGAUGCAAAUG